CUGAUUUUUUUCAGGUCUGAUUUUCGCUAUUGCAUAAAUAGCGCUCUCUAUUGCGAGGAUCGUGCAUCAUACGUAAAUAAGCAACUAUCAUGCUGAACACAAACAGUAACCCUUCCAGUCAUCUACAGUACAUUCAUGAACUUAAUAUACAAUCAUUUAGUUUAAUAACACUGUGUGGUAUAAUGAGUAAAGAAGUUAAGUAAGAUUUCUAAGGGUGAUGAAAUUGGCUUAUUUGUGUUUGAAUAAAACGUGUCAAGAGUGUUUUUCAACUGAAGAUUUAUUUCAUCAUAAUUUCUGUAGUUUUUAUUAUUGUUGGACUGCAAGCAGAUUGACUUCUCCUCUUUAACCCUAGCCCACAUUGCUACAUCCUGAACACUUCUUUUCAUGCCUCCUAGAGGGGUUGAACUUUGUGUAUGGGUGGCCCUACAAAGAGCACCACUUUUGCCUUUGUUUCAUGAAUCCACCAUUCCUCUGUGGUCCAUUUUCAAUGGAAGAUUGUGACAGAUGAUUGUGAGGACGUGAGAGAUGCCUUUACCAGGCAACACAAAACAUCAUUUAUCUAUCCACGGUUAUUCAAGAACUUUAGGUGUCAGUUCAAGAAAUUCUAAAGGUUUCGAUAUCAACUUGUAAUGAAAUAAAUUAUUAUAAGUAACAUGUAGGCUGGAGCCCAAACAGGAUGCCAGUAUGGUAAAUAAAUGAAGUUGUGUAGCUGGCAUGGCAAAAAUAAAAAUGAAAUAAAAAUUAGAGUAUGCCGAGACAUCUUCAGCACCUUUUUUGGGGUGCACAAUCCCUUCUCGACGUCAAAGAAAAAAACUGAAGCUUGUUUUACCCUAAAGUCACGCAUUUAUGUCACGCAAUACAUUUCGCCCGGGAUUCAAAUCCGAGGGGGCCUGGAUCACUAACAACAUGGCGGCCAUUUUGAAUGGAAGAAAUUGUUUUGCACGAGCUCGCCGGAAACGAUUUUGGACUGUAGGAGUAAGGAACGUGGCAAACACAACACAGACUGCCUCCCAAUAUUGUAUGAACUUGGUCAGGAAUCUGGAUUACGAGAACUACCUCUGUUUGUUACUGCUGCCUAAAAUCUGUAGAACAUCGGUGUUUGCUGUGAGAGCAUUCAAUGUAGAACUAGCCAGGGUCCAGGAUUCUGUUAGUGAUCCAGUUAUUGGGAGAAUGAGGCUCCAGUUCUGGAGAGAUACACUUGAAGACACUUUCCUGGGAAAUCCCCCACAGCAGCCUGUAGCAUUGGAAUUAGCUGAGGCUGUCACAAAAUUCAAACUGACAAAGCGCUGGUUUUCACGCCUCAUAGAUGCACGAGAGAGGAGCCUUGACAACAGACCUCAUGAGACAGCAAAUGCUUUGGAGGAACACAGUGAAAACUCAGUGUCACCAGUGUUAUAUCUUGUCUUAGAGUGUCUUGGAAUAAGAGAUGUACAAGCUGACCAUGCUGCAAGCCAUCUUGGCAAAGCUAUAGGUGUGGCAACAGCACUGAGGUCCACACCUUUCCAUGGCAGCAAGGGAAAAGUUUACCUACCAAAUGACAUACUGAUAAAGCAUGGGGUAUCACACGAGGAUAUUAUCAGAGGAAGAAAACAACAGCCAGUGAAAGAAGUUACAUAUGAGCUGGCCAGUUUGGCACACGCACAUCUUUCAAAAGCACAAACACUGAUAUCUGACGCCCCUAAACCAGCAUCAAGAGCAUUUUUGCCAAUGGUUUCAUGUCGAACUUAUCUUACACAGAUCCAAAAGGUGGACUUUGACAUCUUUCAUCCCACCCUGAGAGAACGAAAUCACUUGUUGCCACUGCUCUUGCUUAAACAUGCAUGGACAGGGCUAUGAAACUAUAUGAAGUUUUCAGUAAAUACCAUCAAUAAAAUGGAGGGCUAAGACCACAGGUUUCUGUAUAAGGAGAGUUACACCAAUUUAAUUUUGAACAUCAAAGGUUAAGUCAGAACUGCCGGUAAUCUACUUCUUUUGUAAAGUCAUGAGUGAGUGAAAACAGACAAUGUAAUGAUUUCUGAAAAAACCCUGCAAUAGAUGUGCACAUAAUUGCAGGUUUCAUGGAGGUUGAUGUAAUUAGGCAUUGUUAUGGUUCUGCCGCAGUGACCAUCCCAUCAUAUCAAGCUUCAGGCCUCUUUUCCCCCAGUAUUCUCCUCAAGAACAAGGAAUGCUAGCAAAUUAUGGAUUGAAACUAAUUGCCCAAGGAGUAGGGACAGAUGUAUUAUUUUAUUAUUUUUAUUAUUACAAUGUCAAUUGAAACCUUUCUCUUCUCCUUCCUUGUCUUAUAUAAAUCUAAAGGAAAUAAAGAGGAAAGCCUCACAGAAUUA